GGAAUACAGAAAUCCACUUUUUGGGUCACCAAGGGAGGACCCCUUCCAUUUUCCGUUGACCCACUGUCGAAAGUGUUCAAAUAUGGAAACAGAUGCUUUGGUAAGUAUCCUGCUGGCAUGCCCGACUAUUCCAAACAAGUAUUUCCUGCUGGAAUGUCCUUUGAGAGGACAGUUACAUAUGAGAAUGGAGGAGUUGCCACAGCUAGUGGGCACUUUAGGUAUAAAAGUGAUGAUUAGUAUAGGAUUGACAUAAUACUCAUUGAAAGAAUUCUUCAAGGUCAUUUUUUACACGGAGAAGGGAGCGCCCUUUUUGAAAGUGUAACUUAGCUGUGAUUCUCCCGGGAACGCUAACUGUCUAGCUACAGGGGAGCAAACCUACACAAAAAGCGUAGUGACCACAAAAUAUGCAAACUACUGCAUUUUUAUAUAGACAUUUGUGAGUAAAUGGUUUUAGUUUGAAAAACGUCGCAGCGGAAAUGAAAAAAUUAAAAAAAAAAAAAAAGGCGCUAACGCAUUAUACUACAGAGCUCAUUGCACUCUAGGUAUGUGACACAGUUAAACGGGUAAUUUUACAUAUUUUUAUUGAUAUCUCAUAUUUUCUUUAUUCUACAGUAUUGAAGGCGAUUUAUUUAAGCACAUAUCCAUGUUUCAUGGCGUUAACUUUCCCGCUAACGGACCCAUAAUGGGAAAGAGGACAAUUGGCUGA